AUUUAUUUUUUUAAAUUACUUACUCCUCAAUUAAUUUUAAGAACAAAAAAGUAUCCUUGGUUCAUCGUUGCAUAAAAUAAUACCUACUACUGCAUGUAAAAUGUAUACUAUUUUACUACCAUUGUUGCUUUUACAAAAUUGUACCAUGGAUCUGGUUUCUCGCGAAGAAUGGCACGCUAAACCACCCAAAGAAGUAACACCAAUGAAAAAUCCUGUACCUUAUGUAAUAAUUCAUCACUCUGAAACUCCAAAAGCAUGUAAUACAGAGGCCGAAUGCAUUCGUGCAAUGCAAUCAAUGCAAAAUUAUCAUCAAGAAAUAAAAAAAUGGAAUGAUAUUGGAUACAAUUUUGCAGUGGGAGGUGAUUAUAGAGCAUAUAUUGGACGAGGUUGGAGUGCAGUUGGUGCACAUGCUCCAAACUAUAACAGUAGAAGUAUUGGAAUUUGUGUGAUUGGAAACUGGUCAAAGAUUCUACCACCAAGUAAACAGCUACAAACUGUGAAAGACUUAAUACAAUGUGGUGUUGAUGAUGGUUACAUCAGUAAUGACUACAUAUUAUAUGGCCAUCGGCAAGUACGUGCUACAGAUUGUCCGGGAGAUGCAUUAUAUAAAGAAAUACAAACAUGGCCACAUUAUUCACCAAAUUGAAAAACAAAAAAUUAGAAAAAUAUUAUUCUCGAAUAAAAAAUAACAGUUGCACUAUAAAUCCCAGGAAUAAAGAUCCCCGUAACACAUUUAAACAAAGAUUGCUGAGAAACAUUUGUUGAGUUAUUCCAAAUUGACUUUUAUUAGCUUUCUAUAGAUCAGUAUUAUGCAAGUAAUUGAAUUUUUCAUCGAAUUCAAAUAGUGCCAUAUCUUCCAUAUUUUGUUUAUUUUCUGUAAUCCCGAAAUCCAAAAAAUCGUUUAGUUUGUUAUAAAAUAAAAUAGUCAUGCAAAAAUAUAUACUUAUUUACGAUAAUAAUAUUUCUUGGUUGUCAGGUACAAAGGGAUUUAGUCAAGGACAGACGUAGUAAGGUAUCGAUGAACUUCGAUUUUUAAGAUACAAAUUUUAAAUAUAUUCCAUGUAAUUCGACUCUUUCGGAAUAAGUCACCUAACAUAGAUUAUCCAACUAUGACGGGAAAAUUUCUGACAGUGAAGAUGCUUUAUUGUUAUAUUAUUUAGUAUUAUUAUUAUACAGGAAGUUCCAUUUAACUUGAAACUGAGCUUUGAGACUUAAAAAUAAAUAAUAAUAUCAAAAAGUUUAAAACAAUAAUUUUAGAGCAUAAAAAGUUAGUAAAAUACAACAAAAGAGCCAACACAAUUGGAUUCUUAAUGGCAUAAGAUAAAGGCAAAGUUUCAGUUGGAAGCUUGUUCAUCUUACCAAGCCCUACCAUUUUUGAUGAAACACUUUUGCGAAAAAUGGGAUACAUCCGCCAGAAAUAUUAAAAAAAAAGUUUAUAUUCUUAGUAGAAUAGUUGAAGAGAAUUUAUGAUAGGUAUUAAAUUUUGUUUUGUAUUAAAGGUCGUAUUUUAGUUCACUUAGGUUAAAGUUUAUAAUUUUAAUACGGAAGUCAAAUAUUUAUUAACAUAUUGAAAUAUUUUAGAUAAAUCUAAUUAAGGCGAAUACCUAUUCAAUUUAAACUAUAACUCCAUCUCUAAUCAUUAACGAACCAGGUACGAUUUUUAAAAGAGCUUGUUAGUCCAGGUCAAUCUCUUAAUACUUAAUCAGUAUAAUUUUUCUGCUCUAGCUUUUUUUUUAACUUUUUUUUUUUGUAAAAUAUUUUCUUAAAGUAGCAAUUUGUCUCAAGUUAAAUGCGCCACCCUACAUAUAAUUGUGUAUAAAUGAUUUUAUUUUCAAAAUAAAUAUUUUAAUAUUAAA